ACAUGAAGAGUUGCAAGCUUACAAGAUGAUAGUGAACAAAACAGGCUGUAUGACAAUAACAUGUGAUGUGUAAAAUUUAGGUAGUAGAUUACGAAAUCACCGUACAUACGGCGCCACGUACAUGUUAAGCUGUUCCUACUUGCCAUCUUAAACUAAUUUGACAUCUUAACCAAGAAACAAAAUCCCCUAUAUGAUUUUUUAUAUUUCAGACCAGAUGUUAUAUCAAACGCAACAAGUAAACUCUCAAUGUGUUCCCUUAAUUUUUAAUUUUUAAUUUUUAAUUUUUAAGAUUACUUAAGGGAUUCUAAGUCCCUGGCGGCAUGUCUUAAGUUUAUUGGUUCAAAUAGAACAAAAGAAUACAAUACAGUUUUAAUAAGAAAUUGUCAAUUUAUUUGAAUAAUUCAUGGGCUUGGUUUGUGAUUGCUUGGGACCUUGUGAAUCGCCAUCCAUAUAGGGGUGGGCACUUUACCCGAUACCCGAAGCCGCAUCCGAAUCCGACCCGAAAAACCUGAACCGAAAUCCGUACCGAAAUAGCAAAAUGCCCGAAUGGGUAUAAAGUUAAGAGAGAUUGGAUAUCCGAACCCGAACGGAUAAUAUCUGAACCCGAAUGGAUAUCCGAAAAUAACCGAACAUAUAUAUAUACUUAUCCGUGUAUUUCUAGUUUACAUUUCUCAUUUUUUAAAAAUAUUUAUAUUGAUGUUACACAUACUUUAAGAUCAUAAGUAUAUAUAUAAUUAUGGAGAAAAUGAUUUGAUAUUCAUUUAAAAUGCAUGUCAAUUUUUUUGUUUCAUGUAUUAAGAAAAGUUACAUUCAAAGUUUUAAAACAAUACCCAAAUUAAUAUCUAUUUGUUUUUGUAAUAUUAUCUUCAAAUCUAUGAAUCUUUCAAUCUAUAAAAAUAUAAAAAAAUCAGUUAAGUGAAAUCUAUAUUUUUAAAUAUAAGAAACUUAAAAAAUGAAAUUUUUUUUUCUUUUAAAAUUUAAAUAUCCGAACCCGAUUCAAAAUAACCGAACCCGAACUAAAAAAACCUGAACCCGACCCGGAGUACAGAAAUACCCGAACGGAUUUUCUAUCCCUAUACCGAAAUACCCGGAAAUCCAAAAUACCCGACCCGAACCCGAACGAGUAUCCGAACGCCCACCCUUGCAUCCAUCCAUGUCUACGCAGAGAGAAAAUUAUAGAAGGUUUAAAUGUCAUCAAAUGUAGUCGUUUUAUUUAAUUAUAUAUAUUAUAAACUUUGUUUUUUUUUUCUGAAAGCACUUAUACCAUAAUACACACAAUUUAACAGUAUACACGAAAAACGAAUGAACACACAUUGAGAUUCUUAGAAAAAAAUGUAAUAAAAAUAAAUGAAAAAAAUAAAAAUUAAGUGAAUAAGGGAAGCAUCGGUCUUCAAAGAAGAAGGGUUUAGAACACGAAAAAUUCUUAAUAGAGCCGGUUGUUAACUUUUUUAUUAAAAAGUUAAGAGACGGUUUCUUAUAUUCUCCAUCCUAAGAACCUCCCAUUAAUCAUACUCUAAGAAUAUGAUUAAUGAGGUUUUUUAAGAUAUGUUCUUAACGGAAUAUAAAAACCGUCUCUUAACUUUUAACUAAAAAAAAAUUAAAAACCGGUUCUUAAUUAAAGUUCUCUAAGGACUUCUCUCUAUAUCCAAAGCCCACCUGUUCGUUUAUUACUUGUCAGAUUUUUAUAAAACAUCCAGACUUUAUUAUUUAACCUAAUUCUAACUAAAUUAUUAAUUUUUGUGUGUGUAGGACUUUAAUAAAGGUUCUAAAUGGUUACAGUGUAUAAAUUCGAGUUACGUGGUUUAAGCUUUGGUUUAAAAUAAGUUGAAUUUUUACUGAUAGAAAGGUUGAUUAUCUACUCGUAAUGAUGCUCUUAACAGUCAAACAUAUAUGGACCUAAAAUUCGUAAACCAGUAAAUAUUGGAACGGGUGAUAUCGUGUAGAACCGUAGAAGAGGUAAAAUUUGUGACUAAACUGAACAUAAAACUUUCAAGUAAAAGAGUAGACAAGCUUUUAUGGGCUACCAAAAUUUCCGUCACAGAAACAUAAGUCGUGCUGGUAACACGCAAGCCAACCAAGCCUAUGUAUAUUGAUUGUAUUUAGACAUAUUUCAGACGUUUGUCAGAAAAGUCUUAUUGAUUUUCCAACAACUGACUUUUUUUUAUAGUUUUAUGCGUAUGUUUUGUUGUUACACAUCUUUGAUAAGAUAUGUUUUGAUGGUUAGGAUAAGAAGGAAUCAUUUCGUUUCUGGUUUGUGAAAAUUUAGAGAUGAUAAGGAAAGGCAUGCCAGUUCGGUUUGUUAGAAGUUUUCGGGUAGCUUGGAUAGCCAAAUUAAAAUCUAUCAAAACAACCAAAUUCAACUGCGGUUCAGUUGGGUUUAGGUAUCAGAUGGUUUAGAUUUAAAAUUUUGAUUAAAUUCUUAUAAUUCGUUUCUUUGACUUGGAAUUUUAAAUAAAAUUUAUCUAAAUCCAAUAUAAUUCGGUACAAAUAAUUUUCUAUGUCUAUUUUAUACCAAUCAAUCUUAUAACAUAAAGAACAAGGCUACUCUCUUUUUAGAGCUCCACGUCAUCAAAUAGGAGAGCGAGAAGCUGCCACGUGUCGAAGCAUCCAAACGCAUCGCGUUGUUUAGUCUGUGGGUUAUAGACGCUUUGUUUGUUGGGCCUUGCCAUUUAGCCCAUGCAAUAUAAGAUUAUACAAAACACAGCGCUUUGAGUUAGGUUUACGGUGGUUGUUUUGUUGCGUCUCCAGCUUAGAUCGUUUCACUCCUUGCGCAUCUGACCUUCCAUCUCCUCCAUCGCAAGACCUCAGAAACUGAACGAGCGUCUUUAAUCCCGUCAUUAAUCUAUCACCCACGAUCUGGAUUCAAUGCGAUAUUUUGAUGUGCGAUGCGUUUGAGACGACUAUAAGAAGGUAUCUUUCGUUCUUCUCAGAUACUACAUCACUUCCGUUCUACAUUCUUCUCGGAAAAAAGUGCUAUGGCUAACGUUUUGGUUCUCCUAUCCGAUCUCCAUUCCGGUCGCUCUUCCUCCGCCGUCGAAGUCCGCUUGCUCCGCUUCUGGGAGGCCAGAAACGUCCGCCGUAGUGGAGAACUCAUGGGCGUCGACAUGCUCUUACUCGACUCGCAGUCAACCAUGAUGCCGGCUACAGUUAAUGUUAACCGUCUCGCAACACACCUGACUAAUCUUGAAGAGGGUUCGGUCUACUCUCUUACAGGUUUUGAAGUCACACAUUGUAACCAGAAUUAUCGCCUGUCAGACUCUUCUCUACUAAUCCGGUUUACCGACUCCACCUCUUUCAAGAAGGUCACCGAACCAGCCGUUCCAAUACCUCUUGAAUCAUUCCGGUUCCGUAACUACAGUGAAAUGCUUGGUCUUGCUAAUUCCAACAAUCAAUUACCGGAUCUUAUUGGCGAGAUUACUGCUGUCAAGAGUACGGUAACUGACCCUCCUCAGGAUAAGAAUCGUGUCAUGGCGACCAUUAGGAUGGACAAUGACACGUCUGUGACUAUGAGCCUCUUUGACGCUCAGGCUGUUAAGAUUCAUAAUCAGCUAGAACAGAUAGGAGUGGAUCCAAGGGUUGUUGUUGCAACCAGUGUGAACCCAAAUAUUGUGGGAGGGCGUCUGUUUUUGAACGCCACAUCCGGCACACACAUCUAUUUCGACAAGCAAACAGAUGCAGGGGAACGAUUGUUUUACAGGUUGGUUGAGCGAGACACUGGACUCCCGCCAGUAGCUCCGCUGCUAAAGAGUUAUGCUAAGGUGGAGAAGCUGAGUAUAUCUGAGCUCAAUGAUUUUGUCGUCACUGCUACGUCUCAGGAAAUUGAUUUCAUUUGCGCCGGAAAGGUGACUGGAGUGAAAUUGGACAAGGGGUGGUGCUAUGUUUCCUGUUCAAAAUGUUUCAAGAAACUCCAACGGUCUGUCUCAUCUCUCACGUGUAUGUCUUGCAACAACACCAGUGCAGUUGGUGUUCUUCGAUACCGUGUGGAGAUGUCAAUCGCAGACGAGACUGGUGAAGGUUUGUUUGUUGCGUUUGAUGGAGUUAUUGCGAAGCUCCAUAACAUGAGGGCCCAUGAAGCUGCCAACCUCUUGGCCGGUGAUGAUGUCAACCCCGAAGAAACUGAUGCUCCUCCGUUUGUUCGAGACCUGGAGGGAAAGUCAUACACGUUCCAGGUGAAGGUGGGUCCAUACAAUUUCACAGCAAAUCAUCAAAGCUUCACCAUCUCACGUAUUCUCGGGGAGGGUGAACGUGCGCCACAGCCUGAGUUUGUUGAAGAUGGUGGUGACGAUGACAAUGGAGAUGACAACGACGGUGCUGGCUUGGUGAGACGUAAGAUGAAGGAUGGUGGAUGUAGCAAGUCCGCAGGGCCAUCUGCUAAGUCUAAGAAGGCACGGAAGGCAUAAGUGGGAAGGCAGAUACCCCUUCUCAAUAAUAAUAAAGUUUUUGCUUUUUUUUCAAUAGACAAUUAUGCAUUUGGUGUUUCUCCUUUGGUGUUUUUAUCUUUGUUGACAAUUGCGUUUUCUUUAUGAACAAGUAUGCAUUUGGUAUUUCCCUA